AUGGGACAUGGAAAUUUCAAAAACGAAUUACGGAUUCAAUAUGGCAAUCGGACUAGUCAAGAGCAAGCCAAGCAGAAGAUGGAUAGGCUCCGUCAAACUGGCAUGAUCGAUGACUACAUCAAUGAGAUGCAGAAUCUAGAAUGGGACGCAAAGGUCGGGCCCAUCGUAAUGAAAUCCAUGAUCCUAACAGGAAUAAACUCCUCGCUGGAACAACGCCUCUCGAAUGCGAUCGAGGAACCAGAAAAUUUCGCAGAAUGGCUAGCAUGGGUUAGAAAGGUCGGACGAAAGGAUCACGAGGUGAAGGCCCGGAAAGAAAUCUUACGUGGCAAAGAUGUCGUGAAACCUCGUGAGGAGAAGUCGGAACGGCGAAAAAUCGCGCAACCCCGCACCUCGGAAAACUUUCUCCGCGCCAGCACACAACUCCAAGGCCUCGGAUGA